UCGUCUCUUCAGAGACAUCUCUUUAUUGCUAAUUUUUUGCUUUUUCCCUUACAACGCACAUUAUGUUUUUUUUGGGUCUAAAAGGCUCAACCUUAUAAUUAUAUAGUUAUGUUUAUAAAUUUAAUUUUUACAACAAAAUAUAUUACUUCCUCCUGUACAUCCAAUGUGUCUUAUUUGACUUUUCACCAUUUUUAGAUGGUCAAUUACGUUUAUUUGUGAAAAAAAAUAAUCUUUUCCCUUAAUAUUCCCCCCCCCCCAAAAAAAAAAUAAUUCCCACUUUAGGAUUAAUGAGAAAUAAUUUCCCACAAUACUGUCCACGUAGGAUGAGUUAAAUUUUUUUUUAAUAUAACCGCCACAUGAAAUGGCGGUUUUGUUUAGGAAUCUAAACUAAACCGUUAGAUGAAAUGGCGGUUUAGUUGAAUUUCAUUUAAAAAAAAAAUUAUAUGAAGAAAACUGCCACAAUUAUGGCUGUACAAAAUGCCAGUUUCUGUUUUUAGUUCUUCACUUCAUUUCAUUUGCCUCAUUCUCAAGCUGCUACCGGUUCUUGUUUAAAAAAAAAUUUUUUCAAUCCUCAUUUACUUCAUAUUCACAAUUCCUUUCAUUCAACUAAAUUAAUUAACUACAUUCUCAUCUUCUCCUUCUUUACUUGUUCAUUUUCAUCAUCAUUUAAGAAUAUGGAUCAUUAUCCCGUUAUAGUGUAUUGGGGUGGGGCAGUAAGUUAUACUGGAUCUGAUGUUGUGUAUAAUGGAAUUUUGCAUGCAAUGAAUAGAGUUGGAAAAGGUUGGGAAGAGCCAUUUGCGUUACAUCGGUUUUGUAAACGUCAUCUAGCUUCGAACGUGCAUAAGAAGUUCAAAAACAUGUCAGUCAAAAACAUAAGAAGUUGGGCGGGGGCUUAGAGCUCGAUCGAGCUCUUAUCACUGCAUUGGUGGAGAGGUGGAGGCAGGAGACUCAUACCUUCCACCUCACAGUUGGCGAGGCAACGAUCACGUUGCAAGAUGUGGCAGUUAUAAUAGGACUGCCCAUUGAAGGACAAGCAGUGAUAGGUGAUGGAGAGGGAAAUUGGCCAGCAUUAGUUCAUGAGCUACUAGGGGUUUGGCCUGAAAACCCUCAAGACCCCACACAGCCAAAGAUCAUCGUUGGAUCGUCAUUGAAGUUGACUUGGCUCCGGAAGCAUUUUAGCGCGCUAGAAGAUGACGCGGAUGAUGUUACGGUUGAUAGACAUGCGCGAGCGUACAUCUUGUACCUGUUUGGAUGCAUCUUGUUUCCAGACAAGAGCGGUGACUCGGUGCAGUUGAUUAAUCUCCCUCUACUGGGAGACUUGGAGCGCGUAGAUGAGUACAGUUGGGGAAGUGCUACCCUAGCGUAUCUAUAUCCUAACUUAUGUUGAGCAUCUCGUAAGGGUGCCAAGGACAUUGGUGGCUGCUUGAUGUUGUUACAUAUAUGGUCAUGGGAGCAUAUUCAUAUAGGAAGGCCCAUUAUUCGGACGAUUCGACACGAUGGGCAACAUGAUCAGGAAGAUGACGCGGAUGAUUUUGAACCGGUGUUAGGUUCACAACAUCGUCGCGGGAUGAAUCCUUUAGCAGUAAGGUAGCAACACUCAAUUCACUAUUCAAAUUCAUAAUUUCACUAUUUUAUGAUACUUGAAAAUGUUAAACAAUGUUUAUUUAUUUGCAACUGGCUUCGCGUAUGUCUUUUGAGAUCUCACUCCCCACAUACUCUCGUCUACUACAGAGACGCACUUGAUCGACAACGGGACAAGCAGCCUUACACAGCGACUAAGAUGGACGCUCUACCGCACGUAUGUACAUCGGGCCACGAGAUUUGGAGAUCGCGUUGUCACUUAUUUGCUUUGACAUCGUCGAGCUACAUCUCCCAGAUCGUGUCAUUCGUCAAUUUGGUUUGGAGCAGGUUAUUCCGCAAGCCUGUGACACCCAACCUCAACUACAUGCGAUCGAUCGGAGGACUGGGGUCAAGAACUACCUCAUACGACAUAGAUCGCAUGUAGAUGCGUGGAAUGACUGAGCAUCUAGAUUGGUUCGAGGAGAUAACUUCACAGGUCAUUGCUCUGCUAUGUACAUGAGUUGGUACAGGCGUAUCUCCAUAUUACGCCUAACGAACACCACAUUUGCGCAGCCAGGAUCACAUUACUAUCCGAUAUCUACGUUACUGGCUGAGCGCAUCCGAUUGGUGCUCAUAAAAUGCAAUGACACGAUUCAAGGUGCCGCUACAUCGCCAGUUGAUGUGGGGUAUCGGCUAUGUUCUCAGACCCUAGGCUCCAUUAACGCGUCGUUGACCGAUGCAUUGAGUCAGGCGGGUUAUAAGUACCUCAUACCGACUCCACCCGUCAUUGGCGAGGUAGAUGACACAUUCCACACUUCUUCUCCACGGAGUUUAGCCCACCGAGGUAGCUCUUCCGGAGGAUCCAGUUCUCGGUCCACAAGAGGUCGCCAGCGUUCAUCUACUCGAGGUCGGUCUUCCAGAUCGCCAUCGACAUCCGGUACUAUGUCGCCAUUCGUUCCUUCAGCUUCCAUCACCACUCCUCCUCCACAUCCAUCGCCUCCGCAAAGGAUCGUCACAUAGCAGCGUGCUAGUCAACGACGAGCUCCUGCUCUUAAUGUCAUUGCGGAGGUUGACGAGUUCACACCAUCAUCAUCCACCGGUGCGCAAAACAAAAGGGGCCGGGGGUUGUAGUUUAACAAACUUUGUAUUUUCUUAUUUGAUUUGAACUUCUUGUAAGACAUUCCAUGAUUGUAAUAUAUCUUCACAUUAUUUUCAUAAUUAAUUUU